ACCUAUCUUCCCUAGACUACUAGGAAUUCCCCAUCCAAGAUAAUCGAACAUUCCUCGGCUGGAAAUAGCCCACCUCGGCCAAGCAUACCUGAAGAGUUCCAUUACGGUCCAGACAAGAUCUCGCUUUCUGUCGGCCACAGUCUUUACAGAUUUUGUUGCAGGUGCCCUUGUGGUGAUUGCGGCGAAAGCCUGACAACUUCCACAACCUCAACCUUGAGGUGGUAACCUCACCAGCAACAUGACUGGACCUGCACCCUCCGGGCGUACACCGUCCCAUGCCCAGUCGUCGUUACCAUCCCUACCAGCGCAUUUACAGUCGGAUACUCACUUGACCGCGCACCUUGCAAGCCGGUUUCAUGUGGGCUUACCGACAGCCCGUCUUUCCUCCCAGGCAUUGAUCAGCUUGAACACAUAUACAACAUCAUCCCGCGGUCCCGAUGGCGACAAGGAAGGAAGUGCUAUGGGAGAGGCGGAAGACCUCGCCAAACGUGCAUUUACUCGGCUAGGUGCCCGUGGAGAAAACCAGGCCAUUGUUUUCCUUGGUGAAAGCGGCUCUGGAAAGACGACCAUUCGCUCACACCUGUUAUCAUCAUUUCUCUCGUUCUCCUCGACCCCACUCUCGUCGAAGCUGUCUUACGCUGCGUUCGUUUUUGAUACCUUGACUACGACCAAGUCCGUGACUACGCCAACUGCGUCCAAAGCUGGACUGUUCCUGGAACUGCAAUACGACGGGUCUUCCUCGGUCAAUCCCACCUUGAUCGGUGGUAAGAUUAUCGACCACAGGCUGGAGCGUAGUCGCAUUGCCUCGGUGCCCACGGGAGAACGUAGUUUUCACGUGCUCUACUAUCUCUUAGCCGGUACCAGUGCUGCAGAGAAGGAACACUUGGGCUUCGACAGUUCUAUACAUGUGUCGACGAGUGGUGGUAAGCUCUCAGGCGCCUCAAUUGGUCACAAGAGGUGGAGAUACCUCGGCCACCCCACUCAGCUUAAAGUCGGUAUUAAUGAUGCCGAUGGUUUCCAACACUUCAAGACCGCACUCAGGAAAUUGGAGUUCCCUCGCAGUGAGAUCGCCGAAUUCUGUCAGAUCCUUGCUACCAUUCUUCACCUUGGUCAGCUGGACUUUGUUAGCGGUCAAGCCACUACCACUACAGCGGAGGAAUCGGGCGGUUACUCUCAUGAGGGUGGCGAAACGGUCACCGUCGUCAAGAAUAAGGAUGUCCUUUCUGUUAUUGCUGCCUUUUUGGGAUUGGGGGUGGAAGAGCUGGAGACCAGCUUCGGGUAUCGGACGAAGACGAUUCGUCGGGAACGCGUGACAGUGAUGCUUGAUCCGAAGGGCGCUCGGCAAAAUGCUGAUGGGCUCGCGCGCACCCUAUAUUCGCUACUGGUGGCUUAUAUCUUCGAGGGUAUCAAUCAGCGGAUAUGUGCAGCUGAAGACAGCGUGGCGAACACUGUCUCCAUCCUCGACUUCCCUGGAUUCUCUCAGGCCAGCGCAACUGGCUCUACGCUCGAUCAGCUCCUGAGCAAUGCGGCCACCGAGUCCUUGUACAAUUUCUGCUUGCAGUCAUUCUUCGAGCGAAAGGCUGAGAUGCUGGAUCGUGAAGAAGUUACUGUGCCUGCUACAAGCUACUUCGACAACAGCGGUGCUACUCGUGGCUUACUGAAACCCGGAAAUGGCCUUCUAAGCAUCCUCGACGAUCAGACUAAGCGGGGCCGGACCGACUCUCAGUUCCUCGAGUCUGUCAAAAAGCGGUUCGAGAACAAAAACCCCGCCAUUACAGUCGGCAGCACGGGACAAGGGACUACCCUGAUCUCCCAAGGUGCUCGGUCCGCAUUCACGGUGAAGCAUUUCGCCGGAGAGGUCGAUUACCCCGUGCAUGGCCUUUUGGAGGAAAAUGGCGAUGUUGUGUCGGGAGAUCUCAUGAACCUGAUGAGGUCGACAAGUAGUGACUUCGUGCGAGACCUAUUUGGUCAAGAAGCUUUGCAGACCGUCACCCAUCCUCAGGAGCGUACCGCGAUUAUGCAGGCACAGGUGAGCUCCAAGCCUAUGAGAAUGCCCAGCAUGGCUCGCCGGAAGGCUGGACCAUCUCGGUUAGCCUUCGAUGCACCUGAAGCGGACGAUCAAGAUGAAUACGAGAGUCAAGCCGGUAGCAUGUCAAAAAGUUCCGGCCGCCGAAAGAGCAUGAUCCUGGCUAGCGGUAUGCAAGGCGCUGCGGGCCAGUUCCUCUCUUCAUUGGAUAUCGUUAGUAAAUGCUUGAAUUCUGCCAAUUUGAACCCUUACUUUGUGUUCUGUCUGAAACCCAACGAUCGCCGCAUCGCGAACCAGUUCGAUAGCAAGUGCGUGAGAGCACAGGUCCAGACCUUUGGCAUCGCGGAGAUCAGUCAGCGGCUCAGGAACGCCGAUUUCAGCAUCUUCCUCCCGUUUGCCGAGUUUCUAGGCCUGGCUGAGAUUGGCAACGUCGUUGUGGGAAGCGACAGAGAGAAGUCCGAAGUCGUCUUGGAUGAGAAGCGGUGGCCAGGGAACGAAGCUAGGGUAGGCAGCACGGGUGUCUUUCUCAGCGAGCGCUGCUGGGCCGAUCUUGCCAAAUUAGGCGAGCGUGUUGUCCCUGUAUAUCCUGCGGAAGGCUCUGAUGAAGGCGGGGAUAACCUCCUUCACGCGCGCGCUGGCGGCUACGCUGAUUCAAAAGUCCGGCUCCUCGGCCCGUCUGAUCAGUCCCCGGGUGGUUUCAUCUACGGGGAGGAUGGAAAACAGGGGUACUCCAGUAGUCGUGAGUUCGAUGGGCGCUCAGAUGCCGGCGCCUCUGCAUUCAAUUCGGGCGACAUGUUCCGGAAUUUGGAUACGAGAGAACAAAUGCUCGAAAAGGGCAACGAAAAGAAGAUGGAGGAAGUGGAUGAGGCGCCUGUCUCCGGAAGUCGCAAACGCUGGAUGGCAAUUGUCUACCUUCUCACCUUCUAUAUCCCAGACUUUAUGAUCAAAACGUUUGGCCGCAUGCCCCGGAAAGAUGUUAGAACCGCCUGGCGUGAGAAGCUUGCGAUCAACUUAAUCAUCUGGUUCAGUUGUGCCUUUGCAAUCUUCUUCAUUGUCGCUUUCCCUGGUCUGAUUUGUCCCACUCAGCAUGUGUAUUCCUCGGGUGAGCUGAGCACACACAACGGCAAGGAUGGGCAUAAUUCAUUCGUCGCGAUUCGCGGUAUAGUUUUCAAUUUGGGCAAGUUCAUGCCGUCUCACUACCCAGAUAUCGUCCCGGAGAAACAACUCAAGAAAUAUGCUGGUACCGAUGCUACCGGUCUUUUCCCAGUUCAGGUCUCGGCUUUAUGCCCAGGAAAAACGGGCUCUAUUGACCCUACAGUGCUCCUGGACUACUCUUCCACUAACGUUUCCGGCUCUGCCACCACCGUCAGCACUAGUGAUACCAAUUGGGUAUACCAUGACUUCCGUUACUUCACCAAUGAGUCUCGCCCCGAUUGGUUUCAGGAGCAGAUGAUAAUGCUGAAAGCGAACUACUUCAAAGGGUGGGUUGGCUACACCCCGCAUUACCUGAAAACUUUGGGAGACGAGUCACAGUAUAUUGGAAGUAUCAACGGGAGGGUAUACGACCUGACGACAUAUGUGGCUGGAGGGCGAAGAGUGCAAGCGCCUGUAGGGGAAUCGGUCCCUGCUAACGUCGAUCGCAACUUCAUGGAUGACCUUGUCGUGGAACUUUUCCAACGACUGCCAGGUCAAGAUUUGACAAAAUACUGGGAGGACCUGGCAAUAUCCGACGUGAUGCGCGAACGUAUGCAGCUCUGCUUAGACAAUCUUUUCUUUGUCGGCCAUGUGGAUACACGUAAUUCGCCUCGUUGUCAGUUUGCCCGUUACUUCAUCCUCGCCAUAUCAAUCUUCAUCUGUUUGAUUGUCGUCUUCAAGUUCUUGGCGGCCUUGCAAUUCUCGAGGAAGAAUCUCCCAGAGAAUCUCGACAAGUUCAUUAUUUGUCAAGUCCCAGCCUACACUGAAGACGAGGAUUCCCUCCGCCGUGCUAUCGACUCCAUGGCUCGCAUGCGCUAUGAUGACAAACGCAAACUUCUCGUGGUUAUUUGUGAUGGUAUGAUUAUCGGACAAGGAAACGAUCGUCCUACCCCUCGAAUCGUCCUAGACAUCCUAGGCGUACCCGAAUCCGUCGACCCCGAGCCGCUAAGCUUCGAAAGUUUGGGCGAAGGUAUGAAACAGCACAAUAUGGGUAAGAUUUACUCGGGUCUCUAUGAGGUCAUGGGCCACAUCGUUCCUUUCCUGGUUGUUGUCAAGGUCGGUAAACCCUCCGAGGUCGCUCGGCCAGGUAACAGAGGAAAGCGUGAUUCCCAGAUGGUGCUCAUGCGGUUCCUCAACCGCGUCCAUUACAACCUUCCCAUGAGUCCUAUGGAGCUGGAGAUAUAUCACCAGAUACGCAACAUCAUCGGUGUCAAUCCCACGUUCUAUGAAUUUAUUCUACAGGUAGAUGCCGACACGGUGGUGGCUCCUGAUGCUGCAACACGAAUGGUGUCAACUCUGCUGGCCGAUACCCGCAUUUUGGGUAUCUGUGGAGAAACUGCUCUUUCGAACGCCAAAACGUCAAUGGUGACAAUGAUUCAAGUCUACGAAUACUACAUCUCCCACAACCUUGUCAAAGCCUUUGAGAGUCUUUUCGGAUCCAUUACUUGUUUGCCGGGUUGCUUCACCAUGUAUCGCAUCCGCUCAGCCGAAAGCGGGAAGCCUCUGUUCGUGAGCAAAGAGAUAGUUGAAGCCUAUGCGGAAAUCCGUGUCGACACUCUCCACAUGAAGAAUUUGCUGCACUUGGGUGAAGAUCGUUAUCUGACAACACUGCUCAUCAAGCACCAUCCCAAGUACAAGACGAAGUAUAUCUCGGCCGCUAAAGCUUUCACAAUCGCCCCUGAGAGCUUCGCUGUGUUCUUGUCGCAACGUCGUCGGUGGAUUAAUUCUACGGUCCACAAUCUAAUUGAGCUGAUACCACUGAAUCAGCUUUGCGGUUUCUGUUGCUUCAGUAUGCGCUUCAUUGUGUUUGUGGAUCUCAUCAGUACACUCAUACAGCCUGUCACCGUUGCUUACAUCGCUUAUCUGAUCUACUGGCUCAUUCAUGACACAUCCACGAUUCCAUGGACAUCAUUCGUGCUUCUGGCUGCCAUCUACGGUCUGCAGGCACUCAUUUUCAUCUUCCGGCGUAAAUGGGACAUGAUUGGAUGGAUGUUCAUUUACAUCCUUGGUAUCCCUAUUUCGUCGCUGGCUCUGCCCCUGUACUCAUUCUGGCAUAUGGACGAUUUCUCCUGGGGUAAUACACGUGUCAUUACUGGAGAGAAGGGCCGCAAGGUCGUUAUCUCCGAUGAAGGAAAGUUUGACCCGUCGUCUAUCCCUAAAAAGACGUGGGAGGAAUAUCAGGCCGAACUGUGGGAAGCUCAGACUUCGCGAGACGAUCGUUCAGAGGUUUCUGGGUUCUCUUACGGCACCAAGUCCUACCACCCAAUGCAAUCUGAGUACGGAUUCCCGGCUUCGAGACCAGUGUCUCAGUUCAACCUUCCUCGUUACUCGUCUCGCAUGUCUUUGGCACCUUCAGAGAUGAUGAGCCGGAACAUGGAGAUGGAGAUGGAAGACUUGUCUCACUUGCCAGCCGACGAUGUCCUUUUGUCGGAGAUCCGCGAGAUCCUGCGCACCGCAGACUUGAUGACGGUGACCAAGAAGAGCAUCAAGCUGGAACUUGAGAGACGAUUCGGCGUCAACCUUGACGCUAAACGUCCCUACAUCAACUCAGCCACCGAAGCCAUUCUUGCCGGCAAUCUGUAAACCGAUCGUUUCUCGAUUACGAAAUUGGCAUCUACCCGGAUGCGCAAUAGUCGAUUAAUCAGCUAGUCCUCCACUCUAGCUGACAUGAUCAAGAAAAACCUCC